UUCAAGUAUCCCCGAACGGGAAGUGAUCCCCAGACGCAGAGAGCAUGUGUCGGAUCCCAUUGUCUUCCGCAGGGUCGCCCAUAGAAGAGCUGUCACUAAGGGGCCCCUCGUUCCGAGUGAGGCGUCCACAAAUAGCAUCUGGAACGCGGAUAGCUCGGCCGUACCAUUCUGCGGUCUGGAGGGGUGCGUGGGAGAGCAGAGGAGACUGGCGACUCAUCCCUCAGUGAACAUCGUCCCCAGCAACGAGAAAACAUGCAUCCCUGGAUUCUGCUUCUCUGUACGAUUGCAACAUCCAUGAGCGUGGCGGAGAUGUUCCAGAGCUACGGGGACACGUGUGAGCGGCUGUGUGCCUGCGAGGAGAAGGAGGACGUCCUCACCGUGGGCUGUGAGGCCCGCGGCAUCGGGAGUCUCAGCGAGGUCCAGCCCGUGUACUACCCCACCUACCACCUCCUGCUCACCGGGAACCUGCUGAGCAAGCUCUCGGUCGACGACUUUGUGGCGUACACGGGCCUGACCAUCCUGCACCUGGGCAGCAACGACAUCUCGGAGGUGCAGCCGGGGGCCUUCAACGGCCUGCAGGGAUUGAGACGGCUGCACCUCAACAACAACAAGAUUGACGCGCUGAGGGAGGAGCUGUUCUACGGUCUGGAGAACCUGGAGUACCUGCAGUUGGACUACAACUACAUCACGCACGUGGAGGCGGACUCCUUCAGCCGCCUGAUGCACCUGGAGGUCCUGAUCCUCAACGACAACCUCAUCUCCUCGCUGCCCACCAACGUCUUCCAGCUGGUUCCCCUGACCCACCUGGACCUCCGGGGGAACCAGCUGAAGACGCUGCCGUACUCGGGGCUGCUGGAGCACAUGACGGACGUGGUGGAGCUGCAGCUGGAGGAGAACCCCUGGAACUGCUCCUGCGAGCUGAUCGCCCUGAAGACCUGGCUGGAGAGCAUCUCGUACACGGCGCUGGUCGGGGACGUGGUCUGCGAGUUCCCCUUCCGGCUGCACGGCCGCGACGCCGAUGAGCUCUCCAAGCAGGAGCUGUGUCCUCGCCGGGCCAUCGCCGAGUACGAGAUGCCCCGUCUGAGCAGCGAUGCGUACCAGCGCACGCCUCCCGCCGCCGUCACCUCCCCCUUCACCUCCUCGGGCAUCGCCCGCUCCUCCUCUAGGCCCACCAAAGGACCGCGGCAGUCGGGCAAAUUAAAGUCGAAGCCCACCGCGCGAGUCCCGUCCAAUAAGCCUCAGAAUUACGGUCAAAUUGUUUCAUAUCAGACUAAGUCCCCGGUGCCUUUAGAUUGCCCCGCUGCCUGCACUUGUAAUCUUCAAAUAUCAGACCUGGGCCUGAAUGUUAAUUGCCAAGAGAGGAAAGUAGAGCGGAUCUCUGAUUUAAAUCCCAAGCCGUACAAUCCUAAGAAGAUGUAUCUCACGGGGAACUACAUCACAGUCGUCCGCAGGUCAGACUUCAUCGAGGCGACCGGUCUGGAUUUGCUCCAUCUGGGAAACAAUCGAAUCGCUCACAUACGUGACCGGGCGUUCGGCGACUUGAAGCACCUACGCCGGUUAUACCUCAACGGCAACGUGAUCGAACGCCUCACCGGCGACAUCUUCUACGGCCUGGAGAGCAUCCAGUUCUUGUACCUAGAAUACAACGUCAUCAAAGAGGUGGCCGUCAACACCUUCCAGCACCUCCCCAACCUCCAGCUGCUGUUCCUGAACAACAACCUGCUGAAGGCCUUGCCCGAGGGCGCCUUCACGGGCCUGACGCUCGCCCGGCUGAACCUGCGCAACAACCACCUCCGCUCGCUGCCCGUCAGCGGCGUGCUGGACCAGCUCUCCGCCCUGGUGCAGGUGGACCUCUUCGAGAACCCCUGGGACUGCUCCUGCUCCAUCCUGGAGCUGCGUAGCUGGCUGGAGCAGCUCAGCACGGGCACCGUGGUCAACAACGUCAUCUGCAGCUCCCCCAGGAAGCUGUCGGGGGAGGACAUGCGGUACAUCAAGACCACCAACUUCUGCCCCAACAACGCGUCCGCCGUGGCCCCCGCGGUCACGCCCUCGGAGGAGGCGUUCCCCGGCAGCACCGUCACCAUAGAGACCUCGCUGGACUCGGACGCGCCGCGCGACGCCGUCCCCCUGUCGGUGCUCAUCCUCGCCCUGCUCAUCAUCUUCAUAGCGUCGGUGUUCGUGGCGGCGGGGCUGUUCGCGGCCGUGAGGAAGAGGCACCAGAAGGCGCAGCACGAGCAGAACAUGUCGGUGAACGCCUGCAUCAGCUCGCUGAACAUGGAGUACGGCCUGUACAAGAAGGCGGCCAUCCCCAAGGUCCGGACCUCCGCCGGCCACGUGUACGAGUUCAUCCCCCCCCCUGCCGAGCACGCCGCCCACACCCCCGUCAGCCAACCCCUGGACACGUACCGGGAUCUGGAGGGGUUGAACGGGCCCUUCCUGGGCGACGUCGACCACGAGGCGCUGAGCUCCGAGUACGGCAGCACCGCCACGGAGCCCCCCGUCAUCAGACGCUGCUGCGGCCCCAAGGACGGGGCGUACUACCACAGGGACGCGUCGGAGACGGAACCCCGCGGCCCCCACUGCGGCGUGCUGCCGUGCCGGCACAGCGAACACUCAUCCGCUCGCUACGACGCAGACUUUGAUGCGAGGCCCCAGUGCACGCACCCCGAGAGAGUACAGCAGCAGACGAUCCUGUACUGCUCCGCUCCCAGUACUGCGUACGCGGCCUCGGAGCCCAGCCGCAGCGAGUACUGGGAGCUGAAAGCCAAGCUGCACAUUGAUCCAGAUUACCUUGAAGUGCUGGAGAAACACACGACUUAUUCACAGUUCUAGCUUUGUAGAGGCGCGUGUGUGUGUGUGUGUGUGUGUGUGUGUGUGUGUGUGUGUGUGUGUGUGUGUGUGUGUGUGUGUGUGUGUGUGUGUGUGUGUGUGUGUGUGUGUGUGUGUGUGUAAAGCACGCUGUCUAGGAUCCCCUGUGUAAUAUAUGCCAAUUAUGUAAAUUACAUGAAAUUGUGUUUUUAUUGCAGAUUUUUACCGUCAUUCGGAAUCACUUUGUUUGUGAACAGUAAUUGUAAAUAGAUUCUUUGCUGAAAGCGGGAUGGAGGGUAUUUCUACUUAAGGCAUACUUAACAGAGUAAAGGAUACGGUCUUGGACCGGGAACCAACCACAAUAUUAUUCCAAAGGCAGAAAGCUGGCAUCAGGACAGACAUCAAUAAACGAUCCAAAAAGACACCCCCUUCAGCGGCUGAACUAUGCAAACAAAAAAUAAGCAGGCGAAUAUGUUCCGACACAAACAAGUUUGAUCCGUCUCUGUGGUGAGCAGCCUGUCGAUACUAACGACGUCAGCGCCGGGUGCCGGUGUACAAACCGCCUCUGAGGGGAGGAGGCGGUGGCCCGGAGGCACCGGGGCCAGCCUGCUGGCACGGAUCGGCCUCCUAAAUGCAUUACUUACUGUAGUUAACUGUUCUGGAAUCAGUGGGGCGCUGUAGAACUCUGGGCGGACCGGCGUCCCAUCGCUGACCCUCCCUGAUGGGGGAGGACUGCUGGGGUCCCAUGGGAGACGGCGUUCAGCUGAGGGGACGUGGGUGGUCUUAGAUCGGUUGGCCUUGGGCCCCCACUCCAUGCAUAUGUUUUUUAUACAACAUUAUUUUUGUACUACAGUAUAUAACCCUCAUAUGUAUCGGUUUAUCUCCCGUUUGAUUUUGCACAGAAAUGCACUGUUGACUGUAACACGUUGACGAUGAGAUGUCACUUUCUUUGAUGUAAAACACGAUGAAGAGCAGUCCCUCUGCAAAAUUGUAUAAAAAUCAAAUGAUGACACAUCUAAAAAAUAAAUGAACACAGAACGUUGUUGCACUAUGCAGUGAUAGAACAAGGUGGUUUGUUGUCUGAGUCUAUACUGUCCUCUUUAAUGCCCCAAUAGAACCCUUAUACAUCCCGGAUUUAAUGCAUCUUACAUCUCAUCUCUGAGGACACACAACUGGUACCUGGUAGCGUUGUUACACUGAU